AUGUACCUGACCGGCCAGAUGACGUCUGAAAAGACUGGAAAUGCUGCCUCUUGUCACCAGAAUACGCUGUUGGCACCAGUCUCUACAGACCUACAAAAGUCCCCCACACUAAAAAGAAGUCCCCUCAUACACACUAAAAGAAACCAGUCUACUGGUCUCACAGUUGAAAAGGAUAGCAAAGACCGCCACGAUUCAUCAGGCUCUGAUUCCGGGAUAAUGAUAAUGCGUCUUGCAGGCGUGUGUCGUUUCAAUUGUGGAAAAACCUUUUUGAAACUUUGGUUUUAUCUUGAGAACACCAUGGCGCGAAUUAACAUUGUUCUCGUCUGCCUUUCAAUUGUUCUUGCGGUUGUGGUCGCCUCGCCCGCUGAAAGUGACAUUCCAACUGAAAUGUCAGUCAGUUUGAUUAAUGGAAGAAUUAAAUCUGAAGGAAUCGUGCGUGUUAUGCACAACGCCACCUGGUGGACUAUUUGCGACUUUCAAUGGGAUGAGAGGGAAGCCAGCAUUGUCUGCCGAAUGUUAGGCUACAGUGGAGGCAAAGUGGUACCGAGGUCGACGUUCCGUAGAGAUUAUAGUCCAAUGCUUUGGGCUGAAGUGCGCUGCGAAGGACCCGAACAAACUUUGACUUCAUGUUGGCGCCGUCCUCAAUCUCGCUGGCCGUGCAACGUGGAAAAUCAAGCGGCCGUCUCUUGUGAUUCAGAUAAAGGCGGCUGGACGUCGUGGUUCCCAUGGCGACCAUGCAGUACAGAAUGCGGCCAAGGAGUUCAGCAUCUAACGUUGAUGUUCGACCUUGCGGAAAGCAAAAAAGUUGCAAUGGAAAGCAAUAAUACAAGCGUCAGGGGCGUCGUCGUCUUUGUUUGGAUGAACACUUUCCUCUCUAUAUUUUCUCUCUGCGCGUUGACGUUGAUAGCUGUCAUCUCGUUUAAACUGUGGCAUCAAAGACAGCGACUUCCGGUCAGGUGA